AUGGCUGAAUCAGGCAAAAGUCGGCUGAGUAUCCUAAUCAUCAACCCAAAUACAUCCACGCACAUGACGGAUGCAUUGAAACCUAUAGUGGGCAAUCUCGGUUUUGCAGAUGUUCAGUUUGACUACUUGACGGCUCCGUCGAAUGAGUCAGUCACCCUCGAAGAUGGACGUGCAAUAAAUGGCGUGCCGAGUAUCAACUCAGGCGAGGACUCUGCUACAUCAGCAUUGCAUUGCAGGCCCUUUGUGGAGCCCCUUAUUCCUAAAUACGAUGGAUUUCUUGUGGCAUGCUAUUCGGCCCAUCCUCUCGUUGGAAUGUUGAAGGAAGCCAUAUCAAAAUUAGAAAGUUCCGCUAUGCCAGUGGACUUGAAACCGAAGAGAAAGUACGUUACGGGUAUCUUCGAAGCGAGUGUCCUCAUGUCGCUGUCAUUGGUUGGCUCGUUUCACAUGACUGGAGAUCCGGGGCUGCACAAAACGCAAUCCAAGGAAAUGUUCGGAAUCAUUUCUACGGGCAGCAUCUGGCGGGAUGAACUAAGUCGUGCUGUUGAAGCAUUCCUUGUUCAUUCUGAUGAGAAGACCUCGUCGACCAAUCGUUUCGCUGGUGUAGAGACUACCGGUCUGACAGCCGUUGAACUGCAUACCACCCCAGCCGAGGAAGUGCGAACGAGGAUCAGCGAGGCUACACGAAGGCUUAUUCAGACCGCUCCGCACCCGCUUACGGCAAUCUGUAUGGGCUGCGCCGUCGGCAGCCAAUUCUGGCAACAGCUUUGCCUGGAGCAUGGAAUAAGUCAAGAUGGGAACUUGGAGGAAUUUGCUACCGAGGGCGGUGAUCGCAAGGAUGUCUUCUUCUACCAGAGUGAUGAUACCCGGUAUAUUCCCCGAGCGAUCUUGCUGGACCUAGAACCCAGAGUCCUCAAUACGAUCCAAACUGGUCCCUAUCGAAACAUCUACAAUCCUGAGAACUUUUUCGUGGGACAACAGGGUGUUGGCGCAGGUAAUAAUUGGGGUGCUGGGUAUUCCGCGGGUGAGGCUGUACAAGAGGAUAUCUUCGACAUGAUUGACCGCGAAGCCGAUGGUAGUGAUUCCUUAGAGGGAUUCAUGUUUCUGCAUUCGAUUGCAGGAGGUACUGGGUCUGGAAUGGGAAGUUUCAUCUUGGAACGGAUGAAUGAUCGAUUUCCUAAAAAGCUGAUUCAAACAUACUCCGUCUUUCCGGAUACUCAAGCGGCAGAUGUUGUGGUCAAUCCGUACAAUAGUAUACUUGCAAUGAGGAGGUUGACACAGAACGCCGACUCUGUGGUGGUUUUGGAUAAUGGAGCUCUUUCAAGGAUCGUUGCCGACAGACUUCAUGUGCUGCAGCCUUCGCUUCAGCAAACGAAUCAGCUUGUUUCAACUGUUAUGUCUGCAUCCACUACCACCCUCCGUUAUCCUGGUUACAUGCACAAUGACCUGGUCGGGAUCAUCGCUUCUCUUAUCCCGACGCCACGCAGUCACUUCUUGAUCACCUCCUACACACCAUUUACAGGUGACAAUAUUGAACAAGCCAAGACGGUCCGCAAGACGACCGUGCUUGACGUGAUGCGUCGUCUACUACAACCCAAGAACCGCAUGGUUUCAAUCAACCCCAGUAAAUCAAGCUGCUAUAUUAGUAUUCUCAACAUUAUCCAGGGUGAAGCCGAUCCCACCGACGUGCACAAGUCCUUGCUCCGUAUCCGGGAGCGCCGAUUGGCAUCUUUCAUUCCUUGGGGCCCAGCUAGUAUCCAGGUUGCACUGACGAAAAAGUCACCGUACAUUCAAAACACCCACCGUGUCAGCGGGCUGAUGCUGGCGAACCACACAUCGGUGGCAACGUUGUUCAAGCGGAUCGUCCAGCAGUACGAUCGACUGCGGAAGCGAAACGCUUUCAUCGAGCAGUAUAGGAAGGAGGCCCCAUUCAGCGAUGGAUUUGGGGAGUUUGAUGAGGCCAGGGCUGUGGUCAUGGACCUCAUUGGAGAGUACGAGGCGGCGGAGAAGGAAACCUACCUUGACCCAGAUUCCGGGAAAGAGAAGGAGAUGGGGGUAUAA